AUAACUUAAUAAAAACAUCUAUCGGUUAACUGCCGCACUUCACAGUGAAAGCUGGGGAAAGUCGUUUUUAAACUUAAUGUUAGAAUAUUAUUUAUUUUAGUGUUAAAUCAUAAUGUUUUCGGCAACGUGCGUCGCGCCUGUUAAUAUGGCCCUAGUUAAAUACUGGGGCAAACGAAACGAGGAACUAAUACUGCCGAUCAAUGAUUCCGUAAGCAUGACACUAGAUGCUAAUGAGAUGUGCGCAAAGACCACAAUAAGCGCAUCGGAGAGCUUCAAACAGAAUCGAAUGUGGCUGAAUGGCGAUGUUGUGCCCUUCGAGGAGAAUGCACGACUGAUGCGUUGCCUGGAAGGCGUACACCGUCUGGCCCUGGCCAAUGGUGCCCACAAAUUUCCAUUGUCGUGGAAGGUGCACAUAGCAUCGUACAACAAUUUCCCCACUGCCGCUGGGCUGGCAUCGAGUGCAGCUGGAUAUGCGUGCCUCGUCUAUACGCUGGCACGCCUCUACGAUUUACCUUUGAACGAGGAACUAACUACAAUCGCCCGUCAGGGCAGCGGCUCAGCGUGCCGUAGCUUAUACGGCGGCUUUGUGCAUUGGCAACGUGGCUCAGCCUCUGACGGCAGCGACUCCAUUGCCGUGCAGUUGGCACCCGCUGAACAUUGGCCCAAUAUGCAUAUGCUUAUACUAGUCGUGAACGAUGCACGCAAAAAGACCGGCUCGACCAAGGGCAUGCAACUGGGCGUUAAGACAUCCUCAUUGAUACAGCAUCGAGCUAAAGAGCUUGUGCCGCAGCGCGUUAAGGAUCUGAUGGCGGCAAUUGAUGCACGUGACUUUGACACUUUCGCGGAGAUCACCAUGAAGGAGUCUAAUCAAUUGCACGCCAUCUGCCUGGACACAUACCCGCCGUGUGUCUACAUGAACGAUGUCUCGCAUGCAAUUGCGAAUUUCGUGCACGAUUACAACGAGACAAUGGGCGCCUUGCAAGCUGCCUACACUUUUGAUGCCGGCCCAAAUGCCUGCCUCUAUGUGCUGGCCGAGAAUGUGCCACGUCUUUUGGCUGCCAUUCAAUUGGCGUUUCCCAAUGAUUCCUCACAAAGUGUUGAAUAUCUCAAGGGUAUUCCCGUGCCACCGGUUGAGGUCAAGAACGGUCUUAGGGACGCGGCUACAGGACAUGUGAAUGCCAAGAAUAUGCUCAAAUAUAUAAUCCAUACGAAAAUAGGAGCAGGUCCUCAGCAGCUAAGUGAAGAGAAGAGCCUGCUAAUCGAUGGCUAUCCACUGACCAAAUAGCUUAGUCUCCAUAAACUCAUACUCUCUAUAUUCCGGGCUGAACUUAGCUUAAUUAUUGGUGUUAAUUACUAGAACAUUUCUAGCUAGGUCUUGGGGAACUUUUCAUACAACUC